GUGCUCGAGGAGGGGGGAGAGGGAGGAAGGACCAGAGUUGAUGCUCUUUUCACUGCAGGGUUACCUGGUGGCUGUCCACUUCUUUCCGCCUGAUGUGCGCUUCACCUGUGUGCUUUUCCAGGUUUGCAGAGGCCAGUUCACCACGGAAAAGAGUAUCCAUACUCGUCGACUUGACGAACGAUAUGAACAUAGAGCACAAUGAGUUUGGGCCCUUUGACAGGACACCAAGACUCGACGUUCUACGGAGAACACUGUACAGGCUGCUAAAGACUUUCCAGGUGUCCGACAGACUUGCCUUCACAACAUUUCCGGCUGCCGAUCUGGACGUGGGAGAGGUAUUGUUGGUCUUCACUCGCGGCAAAGUAAAUGUUGAAACUGCAGCAGCUGCAAUCAAUGCAUACAAUAACGAGACUCAAAGGAACCUCGCAGUUUUCGUCUACGGGGUGGAUGUGACCAACAUCAACGAGUUUGCGAACUAUACGAGGUUGGCGGCAGCUGUUAAUGGCACAGCAACACUUCUUGGAAUAGGUGAUCCUUUGUUGGGCAUGUAUUCCUAUUUCAAUUACCUCGCACGGUUCCUCCGGAAUGUGACGGAGCCAUUUUUCGCCGAGAAAUACAGCCACGUAACAGGUCUUGGAAAUGUCACCACAGUUGUGAUGCCAGCGACAAUGCCGAAGCGUCAUGUAAACACCUUUGUCCAGGCCAGCGACGACACGCAGGCGAGCAUGAAGAAAUCAAACUGCAUUUACAAAUACGUGCUCGUUGGCCAGGAGCUUUCUGAGAAGCUCCGUGGUCAAAGGAUGCUUCGGUGCGUGUUCUGCGGGAACGAGUGGCAGAGGAACAGGCAUUGGGCAGCGCGGCAUUUUCGUAGCGUGAAGGGAUGUUCGCAGGUGACUGACGAAGCUCUUAUAGAGAUGCAUUACACGAGCGGUUACGCAUUUGAGGGGAAGUGGUUGGAGCGUAUCCACAAGUACGAGGAGCUUCACGGUCCUUGGGUGGACGAGAGGAGGACUGGCAGGGGUCAGGCGCAGGCGCGGGCGGCGUCCAACGCCACAGUCGGAGCACGGCAACAGGGCGAUGACGUCGUCGAUUUGGAUGGCGAGGGAGAGGAUUGCGGGGCCGCGGGGGUUGACGGGGAGGUCGAGGCUGCAUACUCACAGCGCCCUGGCAAGUUGCCGGUCGGUGAGGGUGGUUCAAAUUCAGGGAAGAGGAAGGAUGUGGUUGGUGCAACGAUGCAGCAGGGGAAGAAGAUGAGGCAGCCGUCGAUAAAAGAGACUCGCUUCGCUUCUGUGUACUCGAUGCUAGAGCGGUUGGAUGCUGUGCGGCGUCCUUUGGAGCAGAUGGUGGAUGGGACGGACCGGUGCAGGGAGCCUUGGGCGACUACGCCGAUCAGGCAGCAUGCGCGAUGGGUACAGUGGCAGAUCCGGCAUGAAUGUUGGUGGGACUCCAUGGACAUCUUGCGUGCCUUUAUGGAGCCGGCUUCUGAUCUGCUUCGCAAGAUGGAUCGUGGAGGGUUAUGCAUGUCUCGAGUGGUCGAGUGGACUGGACGGUUGGCGAGGGAGGUGGAGGCGGCUGUUAGGCCGCUGCAGGAUGGAUUGGCGGAUCAGAUUUUCAGGAGCGUGCAGGAGCGCGUCGCUCAUAUGUGUGAGCCUGCGCAUGCUGCGGCGCACCUCCUUUGUCCGAUGAGGAGGUCGAUGCAGUAUUACAGUGGCGUGGUGAAGGACGAGGACAAACGACUUGUGAGGGAGGCGGAGCGGUACAUUCUGUCGCAGACCGGGUUUGAUGAGCGGCGGAAGGAGUACCGGGACGCUGUGUUGCAGCUGCGGGAUUUUCAUAUGCGCACAUCGACUUGCGCAUGGGGAGGGGAGCAGGCACGUGCCGCAGCGGAGAUGUAGCGGAACUGGGCCAUCCACGAGAGUAUUCACACGAAGAAGCGUAACAAGUUGCUGUUCCCGAUGGUCACGAAGUUGGUGGAGAUCACGGCCAACACGCAUUUUUUGGCUCUUCAGAGUCGUGGUGGAGGUUUGGUUCUUCCGUGGACUCAGGAUGAGUCCAUAUUGGAUGUCGAGGGUGGCUUGGAGGCAGACGCUGUAUGCGAGGGGGUGGACCACAGCAUACCUGAGGAGGGUCGCGAUGCGCAGGCGCAGUUGUGGCGGCGGGGUGCUUGUGGGUCACGACCACCGCCUCCCGUUGAGGAUGUGUUCGGGGUUCGGGCCGCCACUUUGAGGCUGUACCCGGGAGAUGACUCGAGUGGAGAUGAGCGCGAGGAGGCAGAUGAGGGUUUCCGCCCCCGCGGUGCUGGUGCUGCCCGGCAUGCGGAGGACGACGAUGACGCUUGGAGUGAACCUGAGGAGGUUCACCGGCGUAGCGGUGGCAAAGAUGUAUUCAAGGACACAGUUAGGGGCAGGUUUGGAGUCGAGGGAUGCUGGGACGGAUCUGGGAGCCCUCUUGUCGAGCCAAUUCCUCACAUCUCAUCGCCGACCGCACAUGAGGCAGAGGGGGACAUAGCGGGCAUUCGAGGAGCCCAUCACAGAGAGGGUCCGACAGGCAAGGGUUCAUUAGCGAGCGACGAGGAUUCAGAGGGGCGUGGAGGAGCUCCUGAGCUUCUGCGGCUUCGGAAGGGUCCGAGGGUCGCAAAGAGACAACUCAUACUGGGUUCUGAGUCACCGCCGUCAUGUAGGGGUGCGACCGGUGUGGGAACAGGGGGAGCGGAGAUCGGAGACGCAGGACAUGAUCGUCUGACAGACGACAAUAGAGAGACAGGCACCGGAGAUGUGGCCAGAGGUGUUGCUUGGUCGCUAGGGGACAUUGGGACACUAGGCGCUCUGCCUGGUAGUAGCACGGGUCACGGAGAACAGUUUGAUGAUGCCCAUCAUGAGGGGGUGCCACAAGAUGAGGCAGUUGGCGAUGGGAACCACGCUUUGGAAUCAGCGUCCGUGCACGAUUUCAUGGCCGAGCUAGAGACCGCUCUGCCAUCCAUGACGGAGGAUACGACUUUGCUGGGAGAUCUAGGAGCGGUACCAGGGGGAGACGUGCAGGAUGAGGAGGCAGUUGGGAGUCCAGCUGCGGUGGGGGGAGAUGCAGAGACAGGGGAGGACAGGGUUCGGGAGGUACAUGGAGAUGUGAGGACACGCGAGGAGGAGGGAGCAGGAGUCAUGGCGCCACCGCCCAUUCGGCAUGAUUCACCGACGGCCACACUUCGACCACCCAAACAGCGGUCCCGGCAUCGUCCACCUCGUUACGUAGAGCAGCCACGAGGCAGUUUGAUGUUCGGCGCGAUGACUGUCGAUGAGUUGGGCGCUUGCCUUGCGACAGAUCUCACAGAGACGAGACGUGGAAUCCUCGGGGCAGAUGUGUUGGGGCCUCCCAGGACACAGCGACUGCUACCGGGACGAGCAUCACGCCUGGACGGCGAGACCACUGGGAGCGAGGGGUUGGAGAUGAUGCCAGGGAGACGUUGCACUGACACCCUCUUAGCGGCGUCGCAGAGGGAGAUGAGACCGGAUGGCGUCACGGUGGUUGAUGACGAUCACACUGACGUCGCUGCAGAGGAGGCUGACGGAGAGGAGGACCUGUCGAUACACGAGGCACGCCUGGCGACCUUGGAGCUGCGAGUAUGCCCUGACAGAAAAAGAAACGACGAAUCUCCCAAACUCCCGACAGCGCUGAGCGCGAGCUUGCCAGCUGCUUUCUUGUUUUUCCUUCAACGAAGAAAGAAAGGGCCUCGUUCCACUACUCGCCAUCCGCCACAAACAGUGGCGAGACUUGGCGAGGCCGAAAAGUGCAUGUUUCUGGCAGAAAACGGCUCUUGGUUCCAUUACAUCGCCGCCGCCACGUGCGAUGUGGUUGCUAUCCCGGCCUACUCCCAGGACUGCGGCGGAUGGAGAGCUAAUGGAAUGGUGGCGGCUUUCUCUUCACCACGUAUUCGGACUGGAAUAUCUAGGUGCGGCGAAAACUGGACAACACUAGGGGACAACACAGGUAGACUGUCAGCACCUCUGUGUCAGGGGCAAUGGCCACACGAAGCAUUUCGCGGAGGGGUGAGGAGUAGCACCUCCACGAAGGGCCGUUGCAGGCAGGGGAAAUGGAAAGCCUUGGCGACACAUAGCCAAGUGAUUUCGGACCGAAAUUCUGACAGCGUCCAUUUCGUGGCUAUUGGUGAUGCAGUGGAGCGAAGUCGCAUCCGCCAUGCGUGGCGGAUGGCGAGUAGUGGAACGAGGCCCAAAGAAAGGGCGACGGCCCUUGAGAAAGUAGAGAUGCCAUCAUCAUUGCAUUAGAACUGACCAGCCCCAGGUUUCGUUUUUUUGACACUCCCCGAGUCAGCCUAUGGCAACACCUCUUUUUGUUGACACCAAUCUCCUGAGAACUUCCCUGCUGAUGGCAUGCUCACACUACAGUCUUCCCCCGAACAAAACGCACAUUCGUUA